AAGAGAGACGCGAGCGCUUCAUCCGCUUCCUCAGGAGCAUCCGCAGCCAACGAGUCCAAGCCCAAAGCAAAGUUAGCUAGCCGAGUCUUUGGCUGGGCUACAAAUUCCAGCAACGGGAACACCGCUGCUUCCAUCUCGGCACAGGGGAUAUCCGCACCUGUCCUCCCUCCCAGGCCGGAGAGAGCGGCGCCUCCUCCAGCGCUCAAGCGGCCAUUGGCUGUCCAGACUACAGGACCUGGAAAUUAUAUGGCGCACCCGGAGCAGCAAGUCCAGCAACUACUACCCCCACCCAGGCACCCCCAGGCACACGCCAUAUCUAGCCCAACCCGCCGCGGACCAGUUCCGAUCUCCGGUCCAUACCCCACCAGUCCUACAACAGGGAACGCAGGUCCGGACAGAGGCCGAGAAGCCCUACGCGCAGGAUGGGGACGAGUACAAGGCUUGUUCGGUCAGAGCCAGCGGCGCAUGGAGUCUAUUUCUCAGAACAUGCCUUUGCCUAUGGCACGCCCUGUUCCCCGAGUAGGCAGCAACUCGAACGUUGCUGGCCCCUGGGCCAUCCCUACCACAGGAGGGGAUGCGCAUCUUCCUAUCAUGCCCCGGCCGGUACGGAGCCCGAGUGGAAGACCAGGCCAAGUAUUCGGGGUCAAGCUGGGAGAAGCAGUCCGCAGAACGAGGAUCGUCUCCCUCACCGUCCUCUCCAAAGAUACAGGAGCAGAAGACCGUUCCCGCUGGCUCCCCGCGCUCAUCUUACGCUGCUUGGAACACCUCGAGCGCUGGGGACCGGAAGAAGAGGGCAUAUUCCGGAUUUCCGGAAUGCCGAGCCAUGUUGCUACCCUCCGGGAGGAGUUUGAUAGAGGCGCGGACUAUGAUCUGCGUGCUGUGGGCCCGGCGGACCUGGACCCGCACGCGGUUGCUGGGGUGUUCAAGGCGUAUUUUAGGGAAUUGCCGGAGCCACUGCUAACCCACUACUUGGCUAAACGGUUCGACGAAGCCCUCCUCCCCCAUACUUCGGAACACGUCCCUUCCUCCGAAGGACUCAGCGCGUUCGGCCACGCCUCCUCCACCCCGCUCACCACUUCCCCCCAGCUGUUGCUAGACCUUGCCCACCUAGUCCGCCAGCUCCCGCCCGAGAACCGUAUCCUCCUCCGCGAACUUAGCAGGCUGCUCAAGUUCCUCGCCCGGAAGCGGGAGACCACCCGCAUGAGCUUGACUAACUUGCUCCUGGUCAUUUGUCCUAGUGUGGGCAUCGCGAGCAGCUUGGUUAAGAUCUUCGUAGAGGAGGACGACCUGGUCUUCGGAUUCCAGGAAGAGGCCAGUGGGGCGAGAGAGCUUGCGGCUAUGCCGAGCGCAGAGAGGGAUAGGGAAAGAGAAAGGGAGGUGAAGAAGAAACGCCGAGAGACGGUCGGCAGCGUACGGACGACCGCGAGUUCGCAAUCGUAUCACGCACCUGCUACCCCACCGGCGAACAUCACCACCAGUCCUAUGAGCAUGAGCCCGAACGGCGCAAACCAUGAAACAGCAGUGCCGAAGCGCGACCAUUCCCUUCCGCCUACGACGCAGCCUGCUCCUUCGAGCAGGCGCAACUCUGUCCAGCCUCGACUGAUGACGAGCAAGAUCCCGAAUGUGCUUGCUGCUGCUCCUGGUCACCGGAGGAGAGCUAGCGUCCAGCAGCAAGCAAUGUUGCUGCCCAUCUCUGGAGUCGCGCCUGCGCCUGUGAUACCCGCUAAGCCCGAGGCGCUUUCUCUUCACCCACAGGGGGCCGUACCGGAGGAAGAGAAGGAGAAUCGUCCUCAGACCCCUUCACCCCCUCCGCAGCUGGCCCUGGAGCUUCCCGACACACCCCUCCAGAUCCCUUUCGACAGGACGCCUAGUGUUGAUGAUUCUGUGAGUCCUUCGAGCGCGCAGAAGAAAGCCGGGUUCUUUGGAGACUUGUUUGGGGCCAGCAGGCCGCGGCCGUUGGCGAAUACGAAUACGAAUACGAAUGGGAGUGAGAUCUCUGGAAAGGUCAAACGCGAUGGUCCCCCUCCGAGAGUGAGCAUCAUGAGCAAGCUGAGGCCGACCGAGGACUGGGGCUCGCGUGUCCUUUCAGACGCGGGGGUGCCGCCUGUCCCUCCUCUGCCAGGUAACGAAGCGCUGGGAUCGCCGGGGAGUGUGACUUCUCCCACCAAGCUGUCUAUGCCACGUCCGGCUGUGCUCAGGAAAGGCGCUGUACGCGAUCGGAUUAGGAAUAUCGAGGACCGGGAUGGGGCCAAGACGGAUGGGGAGGCUAAGGGUGUGCGGAGGUUUGUCAGGACGAGGGAGAAGGAGAGCGAUGGAGAGCCGAAGCGCGGCGCUUUCUUCCCUUUCAAUUGAUUGGGUUAUUUAUCAGUAACGACACGACCUUUCUUUCAUUUCUUUCAUUUCCUCUUUCAGUUAUCCUUUGCAGAGUAUUUCAUGGAUCGCUCGGAUCUUUCUUGCAUUCGACUCCCCUUUGUGGGAUAAUGUUGUAUGACCUACACGCUUACGCUUUCUUUUCU